CCAAGCAGGACUCGAACCCCAGACCUACCACAGAGCGGGACCCGGCCAAGCCUGCUGUGCCAUCACAUACCCCUCAAAAUACAGUUGCUAAAUAAAAUAUAUAAAUGGAUAAUUAUUUUUGAGCACACAGCAUCAUGGAAUGAUUGAAGGUACACGGUGAAAACAGGAAGCGGGGGGAGUCUCUAGGGGGCUGUGGUUUCAUACAGCCCACUGUGAAUGAGGGGUGCAGAAGAUAUGUGGUGCAUGCACCAUUAACGUAGAUAGUACACAGGUUACCAGGCAGCGGGGGAAGAACAAGUGUAUAGUUCAAAAGGCUGUUCCAAAUUUUGAAAAUUGGCUCGACAAGAAUGGGUCAUAUCUUAUAAUUUCAUUUAGCUGCCUACCUAUGUCAAUCAUCAGUUGCCAGUCUUGUACUGUCACCAGGAGCCCUGAACUGGCAGCUAGUAGCAGCUAUAACCAUGUCAUAAAUAUCUGCAAAUCAAAGGACUAUUGUGAAAUAGUCAAAAUGAUAUUCUUUCAAUGCAGUGGCCUCGUAGACAACAUAACGAUGUGUGAGCCAAGACUGCAGUACACAGAUUGCAGCACACAAGGGAGCAUGUAGUUCAUAAUCUGAUCAUAUGAAAAGCCCAACUUGACUUUAGUAGGGUGCUAUCUAAACUUUAUUAGACACACAUAAUAUUUCUGCCCUCAUUUUUAUCAAUUGACCUGUUAAACCAAAAGAUCCAUGAUUUGUAUUUCGAAGCCGUUUUAUUAUAAGGCUACUGAACAAGUCUGCUAGAUAAAGCUGUUUUAAGGCAAAGUGAAAACUCAGUGUGCAGAAGUAUUUCUCUCUUGGUCAGUGGUCUACACUGUACAUGAUAACAUUCUGCACAAAAAAUUUAAGCUGCAAUUUUUAACAUAAAAGUGAGCACAAAAUGCGGAUGUGAAACAUACCCUCCCUACUGUUUGGCAACCUGUUUAUAGCACCAGAGCACCAGGAAUUCAGUACUGAGAAACCUUGUAUUUGAUAUUCAUUUAUCACCACUGACCGAAUUACGGUGAUGAGCUGUUUAUUGGCAUGUACUACACUGUAAACUAUAAUUACUAACUUUUCCUACAGUAUAUUCUGCAUACGCAUGAAACUGACAUCUGCUUCCCAUACCUGUCUCUCUCUGUGCUCAGCCUGCAGUGGGAACUUUCCUGUAUUUGUACUGAGAGGACAUGCUGCCCGUCUUAUUCCUGAGCAAAUUGGAGAGCAGGAGAUGGAAAGCAUCACAUGGAUGUUCAAUGUAUCACAACGGAUACUGAAUUACAAUUACAAUCUUAAAUAUCUGACACCAUAUAAGGAUUAUGCAACCAGGGUGGAAUUUGACUCAAAAACCCUGAUGCUUCUAAUGCACAAUGUAACAGAGAAGGACAACGGUCUCUACACAGCGAGAGUGACUCACAAAAGUGGAGAUGAAACAUCUGGCUCAGACUUCCUCCUCUCGGUCCAGGCUCAUGUGGAUCCACCUGUUCUCAGUGUGGUCUUCAACUCACCCAGCUCAGACUCCUGCAAUGUGACUUUCGCCUGCACAAGCCAGAAUCACACUGUCACCUCCAUCUGUGACAACUCUAUCUGUUCCCCUGUGGAAGAGUAUGGCCCUGACCUCACACUCUCUGUGAUGGGGGGUACGGUGACCUGUAACAGUAGCAACCAGGUUAGCUGGAGCAAUACCACCAUAGAGCUCUCGGAAAUCUGUGGAAUGCAUGCAGUAGAUGUCAGAAAAGGAAGACAGAUGCAAGUUGUUUUUCUCAGCCUAUUCACUGUCAUUUUCACCCUCAUCCUGUUCGUCGUGCUGAGUUUGGCCUAUUGCAGACACGCUCGCAGUCCAGAUGCAGAAAAGAGUGCCACAGUAGCUCAGGACCAACCUCAGAGUUCUUUGUUUACGGUAUCAACAGAAUAUGAUGUCAUCAGAAUGGAGAGGUGUACCCCUCCUCUUUCUCAAAAGGAUGCAGAGCUGGAUACUGUCUAUGCCAGAGUCCAGAAACCUCAGUGGAAGAAUUUUGCCCAAAAGUCCCACACCUACUCUGACUGAAACCGCUUGUCCCGAGCGGGGUUGCAGCGAGCCAGAGCCUAACCCGGCA